AUGACCGACGUCGUCGCCGAGUCCGCGGAGCGCCAGUGGCCGCCGACGCCGCCCGCGUGGAUCGACGACCGCGCGUCGCAGCGCUGCACGGGCCGCUCGUGCCACGUCGUCUUCGACGGCCUCGUGGAGCGGCGCCACCACUGCCGCUUCUGCGGCAACCUGUUCUGCCACCGCUGCUCGGCGCGCAAGGCCAUGCUCCCGCCGCAGUGGGCGAUCAAGGAGCCCCAGCGCACGUGCGACACGUGCUAUAGCAUCCUGGCGCCGGAGCAGGAGGGCUGGAUCAAGGGCAACGCGAACGCGGAGCGGGAGAACUUCCUCGAGGACGACUCGACGACGAAGUACCUCAACAGCCCCCUCCGGUUCACGCUGGGCGGCGAAAUCCGCAAGGCCUCGUACGCGAUCCAGAACUUGACGGACCGCGACAACGUCAACUACUGGGGCCGCGACGCCGAGUACGCGACGGAGAUGCUCGAGGCCGUCGAGGGCCUGCUCUUCAUGACCGUGGGCAAGGUCGCGUUCAUCGGCGGCGUGCGCGUCGGCACGGGGCUCGUGUUGGCGAAACUGCCGGACGGGACGUGGUCGGCGCCGUGCGCCGUGGGCAACUUUGGCGUCACGUUCGGCGCGUGCGUCGGCGCGGAGGUUACGGACAUGGUCACGGGCAUCGACCGCGAGACGAUGGAGAAGUUCGCGAACGAAACCGUCUCGAACGUCAUGGUCGGCGGCGAAGCGUCCGUCGCUCUGGGGCUGCUCGGCCGGUCGGCGACCGGAGAGGCCUACCUCGCGGCCAGCGGCUCGCAGAACUCGGAGGCGUACAUGAGCUACUCGCAUAGUAGAGGCGGCUACGCGGGCGUCACGGUCGACGCGGCGUACGUCUCGGUGCGCAAGGACGUGAACGAAAAGUUCUACGGCUACAAGGUCGGCGCGCGCGACAUCUUGGGCGGCAGAGUGGACCGCCCGCGGGCCGCCGAGCCGCUGUACGCAGCUUUGGACCGCUUCUACGCGACCGUUUUUCCCCAGCGUCAGGGCCACGGCGACGAGUUCUACGGCGCCGACGGCGCGCCGCCGCGGACCUUCGCGGGAGGAACCGGCUACGUGGCGGACAACUCCGCGUACGGCCACCGCCGCGCGUCGGGCGCGGACGACCUCCGCUACGACGAGUACGGGCGGCCCAUCCUCGCGUCCGCCGAGCCGCCGGCGCCGCCCCGGGCGCCGCCCGCGCAGCCGGUCGUCCGCGCACAGCCAGGGGCAACCGCCCCGCGCGUCGUCACCGCCGUCAAGGCCAAGCCGGCCGGGGCCAAGCCGGCCGGUCCCGUGCGCGCCGGCCGCGUCGUCGCCGCGCGGCGCUCGCCCUCGGCGGGGCCCGUGGUCGCCGCCGUGCCGCCUGCACGGUCGGCGCCGCCGCCGCCCGCGUACACGGCGCCGCCGACCGUGUCCGCCGUCCGCGCGGUCGCCGCGGCGCCGCCGCCGCCCGUCGCCGCGGCGCCGCCGCCCGCGGAGGACGCGGCGCCGCCGGCUGAGCCGCCCGCUGAACCGCCGGCAAAGGAGCCCGCGACGCCGGAGCCCGAGGUGGACCCGCUGACGGGCCUGCCCAUCUCGUCGACGAAGAAGCGCGUCGUCGCGCCCAAGGCGGGGCUCUUCGACGAGGACGAGGAGAAGGAGGUGUGA